UUGCCAAGCACCAAGAUGAUCUUAAUCAGACAUAUCUGUGUACUUCUUCUCUCUCAACAGUAUCUGAUUCAAAGUGAGGAUGUUCACCAACAUAUUCCUUUAACCACAGCUGAACACGGUAGAACUGUAACACUGCAAUGUGUGAUAUCAGAGAAAGAUCGAAUGCUAUACUGGUACAAGCAAAGUAUUGGACAUAUGCCCCAACGUGUAGCGGAUAAAACGAAAUUUCAAGAAACUUCAAGUGUUUCGGGAGAACGUAUCUCUGCAAAAAUGGUUGGUAGUAAUUAUGUUCUAAACAUCAAAAAUAUAACCAGUUCAGACGAGGGAAUAUACUUCUGUCAAACCGGAACACAGUUUGGGAUGAAUUUCAGAAACGGCACCUUGGUGACUUUGAGGGGUAACCAUCUUCUGAGAUCUCACUACCAGACAGUGUGGCAGCAGCCAGCGUCUGAGCCAGUCCACCCAGGAGACUCUGUGACUCUGCAGUGUUCAGUCCUCUCUGAGUCCUGUACAGGACAACACAGUGUGUUCUGGUUCAGAGCCGGGGCAGGAGAAUCCCAUCCAGGACUCCUUUACACCCAAGGAGACAGGAGUGAAGAGUGUGAGAAGAGACCUGAGACUCCCUCUCCUACACGGAGCUGUGUCUACAGCCUCUCCAAGAACAACAUCAGCUCCUCUGAUUCUGGGACUUACUACUGUGCAGUGGCCACAUGUGGAGAGAUACUGUUUGGCAAUGGAACAAGACUGGAUGUUGAACCAGCAGUGGAUGUCAUAGUUAUCGUCCUGGGGGUGGCUUUAGCUGUGUGUGUUGUGUUGAUCAUCAUCCUCAUCUGUACCAGAAAGACACGGACAGUGUGUGAGAAUUGUAAAGUGAGUGUUACCUAUCACGGACAUGACAAGACAACUGCAGAACAGUCAAGUGGCCAGGAAGGUGAAGACUUGAACUAUGCUGCUCUGCAGUUCUCUGAGAUGAAAGGUAAAAGAGGAAGAAGGAAGAGAGAGACCCCACAGGAGAGUGUGUACUCUGAUGUGAGAGGUUCUGACUGGGAGGGAAGUGGUCAAUAGGAAAUCAGUUUGUAAACAUUGUUGAGGUGGCAGUUUAGGGUAGCUUAUGUUACAUUUCGAUACUUCUUUUGCUUUUUACUCAUGUAUUUUACUCUCUUUACUUCUUAGUUUUAAAAUAGUGUUUGUGGUAACUAGACAUUCAGUCUGCAUCUCCAACGUUAGUCUGAGGCACAGCCACUGUUUACCAGGUCAGUUUGUAAACACUGUUGAGGUGGUAGUUAACAUGAGCUCAUAAUGUAUUUUUUUAAGUCUGAUUGUAAUAAUGAUGUGUUUGUGAUUUAUUGGUUUUACAUUUGUAUAUAUGGUCACUAGAAAUUCAGUGUGCAAGAUUUCUCUUGAUAGGCACAGUGAUGCAACAAGAACUGUGGUCACACUGUGGUUCGUAUUCAAUAAAUGUUUCUAGACAUUGUUUUGUAAGACGUUGUCUGGAAGUGCUCCCCGGGUCUUUAGCUAUAAAUUAUAAAUGAUGGUUAAUCUGCAGCAGCAUGUG